AUGUCCCAGCCGAAAGAAAUCGGCACCCUCGUCGUCGUGGUACUGAAGGCGCGGCACCUCCACCAACCUUCAUUUUUCAAGCAAGACCCCUAUGCCCAGGUGACUCUCUGCGGUCGGACGGAAAAGACCAACGUCGCUCCGAAAGGCGGUCAGCACCCGGAAUGGGACGAUGAAUUCCGGUUCCCUGUCUAUGCCGAUCCUGGGAAGGAUAGAGCAAACAGAACGUUGGAGGUGGCUUGCUACAAGCAGGAGUCCAAGGCGGAGGAUGUGCUUCUCGGGAAGGGCACGGUGGAUAUCGAGGAAACACUCAAAACUGGCGAGUUUGAUGAUUGGGUCCAAUUAGAAACGUCAGCCGGGGCGAGAGGCGAAUUAUAUCUCGAGAUGACGUUCUACGCAAAUUCACCACCACCACCCACCCGUCGUCCAACUAAGCUUACACCUGACCGGCUAACGAGACCA